AUGACACAAAAAAGGCAACGCGUGCGCAACGGCGCAGCCGCCUCAAAGCGAGGAAAUGAAGGUGUAGAAGACGCAGAACCGUCGGGCAUUUUACCGCAGGGCGGUCUUGAUCGCAUUGCCUCGUGGGAGGUCGAAGAACCACAUGUCACGGCCGAAGAGGAUACUGUUGAAAGUGCCUUUGAACGUGUGGCGCCGUCAGUGAGCGGGCCACUGGUGGCGCGACUCAUCCCGCUUUCCACAGGGAACACGGGACUCUCCUCUAUCGAUAUCCACCGCGACGUGGGCGACAUGAUACUGGGACGCUCCAAAGAGCUUGUAGUGGAAUGCCGCAUCGACGUCGCCUUGGUGUCCGCGCGGCACUGUGAGUUGACUGUCAACCCCACCACACGAAGCAUCAGCAUCCGCGACGUCUCCACCAAUGGGACAUUUAUCAACGGAAAUCGGAUUGAAAAGAAUGUGUGGGUGGAGCUACAUUCCGGCGAUCGCGUAUUCCUCACACAUCCGGCGAAUGCAUCACAACCGGACGCCUCCAGCGUUGGGUUUCUUUUUCAGAGUAUCAGUGAAAAAAUACGGGCUGACGUACUACAGGAGGAGUUGACGUGCCCUGUGUGCAAGGGUUUGUACGUCCGUCCCUGCAGUAUACUCCCAUGUUUGCAUGUCUUUUGCGCCGGCUGCGUUAGCCGGUGGAUAGACGCCGGUAAUAGGAAAUGCAUCCAGUGCCGCUCCGAGGUUUGGGAGGUGCGCCCGACGCACAAGCUACAAAGCUGCGUUGAGGAGUUGCUCAAGACCAACCCUGAGCUCUCUCGCACUAGCGAUGAACUGGCGGAGUUAGUGGCGUUUGACACCAUUCCGCCGAGGGGAAGAGUUGUCAAAAAACGACGCCGCUAUAGUGAAGACCGCAGCGACGAUGACGAUUAUUCCAGUUUGGAUAGUACUUCAGAAAGUGACGACGGUGCAAACAUUGGCCAAGGUUCCAUGUUGAGCUACGAUGCAAGUGGGCACGGGCACACUCGCUCUAUCGGACGCUGUCAGCAGUGCCGGCGCGCAUCUCGUGAGGACGGUUUUCGGUGCCGCCCAGAUGGACUACACUUGCACUGCCCAAUGUGUUACCGGAGCUUUCCACACCGACCUCUGUGUCCUCGGCCCCAGUGUUGCCAGCUCUGUGGUGCCUCGUACUGUAACCUGUACUACCAACGGGAGGGCGGUUGCCCCGCCAACCGUGGCGGUUUGACGCGCCUGCGACAAUGCCCUCCCAGGUCCACACUGCCCCAGAAAUGUUUUGGUGGCAACGCUGUGGAGCAAAAUAUUAUUUCCAGGUACUUGUCCGCCAAGGGUAUCACGCUGGAGACGGUGUGGAAGGAGUGCCUGGAGAAAAUGGAGGCAGGGGAGUGGGUUCCGGACAUCACCUGCGUGAAUGGGCAGCUGACGGUGGAUUCCCCCCUCUGUGAGGAAUGCAUCAACAGUAUCUUUGCGUCAUUACUGUUUCACUACCGACGCGCGGUGCCGAAUUACGAACUCCCUGAAAGCGUCACUGACAGACCGAGUUGCUGGUAUGGCAUCAACUGCCGCACGCAGUUUCACAAGGCAGAACACGCAAACCGAUACAACCAUGUGUGUUACCAAGAGAAGCGGAAGGAGUAG